GCGAACCCGUCUAACGUUAUUGUUAUUUCGCAGUUAUAUAAAGUAGCAAAUUAUCAUUCCUGAAUAGGUGGCGCCGUGGUAGCCGAUCCUGUUCUUCAACUUCCGGUUUCUGCACUGUGCAACUAUUACAGUUGCAUUUUUAAUUAACGAUGCCAAGUACUUGUUGUUGUGUACCUGGAUGUCAUUUAAGAGGAGGACAUGCAUUUCCAAAUGACUUAAAAAGAAGGAAAAGUUGGAUCAACGCUAUGGCCCAUACGCAGAUUGGACGAGAACACGAUGAAAUCGUGGAGUCCAUCUCAAUCAGCUGUUGUUUGCAAGGCACAUUUUACUGAAAAAGACUACGUGCAGGAAACUAUUCAUGGGUGCAAACUCACCAUACAGAGACUUAAGUCUACUGCCAUUCCCAGCCUAUUUUCGUGGACCAAGCAAGAGACUGAAUCGUCCGCAAAAAGAAAAAUCAGGGCAGUUUCCUGUGAAAACAAAAGAACUAAACUUGAUGAAUAUUGUAGUAGAAAUCUAGAGGAAAGUUUUGAUUGUAAAGUUGGUUUUCCUGAAGAAGUCAUUCAUACUGCAGACAUGAUUUAUGACUGUCCACCACCAACUGCCGAGCUAAUGUUGAGCUUCACAGAUGGAAUUACGCAAACACCAUCAAUGCCUAUAUUUUCAGCAGAGAAUUUUGAAAUGAAGACACGUGACACAGCCAUGCAUUUAUAUACCGGUUUAGAGUUGUAACUUGUAUACUAAAUUUUUAUUUGUUUUGACCACACUUGGUCCAGCAGAACAUUGUUUGAGAUACAUAUAUUUUCAAAUUGAUAGGGUGUCAUUUGAAAAUCAGUUUUUUUAUGACUUUGAUGAAAUUGAGGCAUUAUACAACCAACUUUGAACUGUCUAGAUUCUAGAUUGAAACUAGUGUUAAGAAUAUUGUGUAAACAUGGAUUGUUUUUAUGUCUAAACAGUGGCGUGAGGCUAACACUUGGCCAUUUAGUGGUUUAGUCAGGUAUUUUUCGCCAUCCAACUUCAAAUUAAAGUUUCCUACAACUUGGAUUAUUAUUGACAGCACAGAAUAUCCCGUAAUAAAACCUAAAGC